AUGGUCGGACCUAAAUUGGUGAUAAAAUUAGGAACAUCGUCGCUGUUCGAUGAAGCAACCGGCGAGCACCGGCUGUCUAACAUGUCACAAAUUGUAGAGCAGGUGGUGGCUUUGAGAAAACGCGGGUACAGAGUAUGCCUUGUAUCUUCUGGCGCAAUUGCUGCUGGUCUGCGUCGGUUGAACCUGGACCAUCGUCCUAAACACAAUGCGCAGUUACAGGCAACUGCUGCUACUGGCCAGGCGCGUUUAAUUCGACUCUGGGAUAACCUCUUCAGUCACUUUGAUACGGCAGUUGGACAAGUUCUAUUGACGCGGAACGACAUUGCGCAUCGUUCGUCGUAUCUAAAUGCAGCAAACACCAUCAAUGCCUUACUGGAUAUGGACAUUGUACCAAUUGUUAAUGAAAACGAUACUUUGAGUACCUAUGAGAUCCGCUUCGGUGAUAACGAUACUCUCAGUGCGGUGACGGGUGCAAUGAUUGGAGCCGACAUGCUUUUCUUGUUAACUGAUGUCGACUGCUUGUACACAUCUAAUCCUCGGAAUAAUCCUGAUGCGCAGCCAAUCCGAAUUGUUGAGAACGCUCAGGAAAUCAAGCGUGACCCUUCAAUGAGCCAAGGAUCAGGAGUAGGUACAGGAGGGAUGACUACGAAGCUCAUUGCCGCAAAUCUGGCCACAAGUGCUGGUAUCACAACAUAUAUUUGCCGCAGUUUUGUCAUUGGUAGUGUUUUCAAUAUUCUCGAUGACGUCGAAAAGAAAAUUUCACCAUUGGAGUCUAACCAUCUUUAUACCAGGUUUGAUGCCCAUCCAUCUAUAAAAGACCGCGCCUUCUGGCUUCUCCAUGGUCUGAAGCCUCACGGCUCUAUUACUAUUGAUGCUGGAGCCUUUAGGGCUCUGUCUAGACGGGACAGAGCUGGGCUGCUUCCUGUUGGCUUAGUCGCAGUAUCAGGAUCCUUCCACGAAUCCGAGUGUGUUAAUAUCUUUGUGCAAGAGAAGCCAGAACCAGUUGGGCGAUGCCUUGUCAACUACACAUCCGUUGAACUGGACCGUAUAAAGCAACAUCAUAGCCACGAUAUCCCCCAGAUUCUCGGCUACACAGAGUCAGAGUAUGUGGCCUUCAGAGACAACAUUGCUCUUUUCCCCGAUCCAGUUGUCUAA